GGACCCUGGAACCCAUCCCGCAGGUGCGAUCUUCAGAAAUCUCCCGAUCACGAUGGCUAUGGUUAGGCUAACUCACUCAAGUAUCGCAUACAGCGACCCAUACCAAGGUGGUACCUAUGAUAACACCUACCCACGGUCAAGUGUUGCAUAUCCAUCUAGUGGACCUGGUCCUUCUUAUAGUAUUCCAAUCAGUGCGCCGUUCGAAACUAAUGGCCGACCCGAGUCGACUUUCUCAUCAUCGCCGGUAUAUACAUCUCGACCGGUCUCGGGAAGUUACACAGUCGGCCACGGUUCAACCUCCCACGGGUGGGAUUUACAUGGCCAAGGAGGUUACUCACCAACGGAUUCUGUUGACGAUAUAAUCGCUUCGCCAGGUAUAUCCGACUAUGGCCUAGAAAAUGGAACAGGCUCUUCGGUCGCUGGAAAGUCCAAGAGUCAUGGCAAGGGCCGUCCUCAAAGGCGUCCAUCGAACAGAGAUGAGUUUGAUGGCCCUCAUCAAUUCCUGCAACGGCCACCUCCUAGUUACAUCGCCAUGCAAGAGAGAGAUCUUCCACAUCUCCCAACGAAUUUGCUGGUGCAGGAGCAAGACAGUGUCUUGAAUCAAGUGAAUGACAGGCUGUCACAGUGUGCCUAUGACUUUGUCGCAAAGUAUCAGUUUCCUAUUCCUCUCACCCAGGAUAUGAGGCCAGUCGAGCGCCCACAGGACCGGGAAUGGACUGAAUGGGUUUACUUACUGAAAAGACUGGCAACGAAGAGGAGAAUCCCUGCCAGGGUAUUAUAUAAUGGACAGAUUAAGCAAUUUGUUACCAUUCUGGAGAAUUCACUAGAAAUGCGUCAUGCUGCAAAGCAUCAAUCACGCCCCUUGAAGGAUGAUAGAAACAUUCUCCAACUAAUCAGCGCUGGAAUCCAAGUGGCUAAAAUCUUGAAGGAUGCGCAAGCCAUGGAUUACCUUGACAGACUAUACGUUUCAACAGAUCAACAGAUCAAGGAGCGGAGCGCCGCCGCCGCGGCUCGCUUCCGCUGAAUAUUGGAAGGACAGGACACUCACGUUAUGACGGCUUAUGAUACCUUUACGAUGAAGACAUCACACAAGCUUUUUUUCUUUUUCAUCUGCAGGAUGCGAAUAGACAGCACCAGGCUGUAUAUAUGGGAGAUACCCGGAGCCCUCUGGGAAUCAUGCUAAUUGACAAGGUGUGUGUGUGUGUGUGUGUGUACGAGAGGCUGGUGCCCGAUGGAUGAGAAAUCACGAAUCUCCUUGCACGAUUCAAUUGUGCUCG